GUUCUGCGCACGCGCGGGAGCCAUAUUAGCGGCGGAUUCUCGGGCACUGUGGUGUCUCUCCCGCGGAGAAAGGUGCUCGGUGCUAGUCUCCACUCUUCAGCGUCUUCCCUCCGGAAUUAUCAUAAACCUAAGAAAACAUGUCUCGAAGAUAUGACUCCAGGACCACUAUAUUUUCUCCAGAAGGUCGCUUGUACCAAGUUGAAUAUGCCAUGGAAGCUAUUGGACACGCAGGCACCUGUUUGGGAAUUUUAGCAAACGAUGGUGUUCUGCUUGCAGCAGAGAGACGCAACAUCCACAAGCUUCUUGAUGAAGUCUUUUUUUCCGAAAAAAUUUAUAAACUAAAUGAGGAUAUGGCCUGUAGUGUGGCAGGCAUAACUUCUGAUGCUAAUGUUCUCACCAAUGAACUGAGGCUCAUUGCGCAAAGGUAUUUAUUACAGUAUCAGGAGCCGAUUCCUUGUGAGCAGUUGGUCACAGCACUGUGUGAUAUCAAACAAGCUUAUACACAGUUUGGAGGAAAACGUCCUUUCGGUGUUUCAUUGCUUUACAUUGGCUGGGAUAAGCACUAUGGCUUCCAGCUCUAUCAGAGUGAUCCUAGUGGAAAUUAUGGAGGUUGGAAAGCCACAUGCAUUGGAAAUAAUAGUGCUGCAGCUGUAUCAAUGUUAAAACAAGACUACAAAGAAGGAGAAAUGACUUUGAAGUCAGCACUUGCUUUAGCUAUCAAAGUCCUAAAUAAGACCAUGGAUGUUAGUAAGCUCUCUGCUGAAAAAGUGGAAAUUGCCACGCUAACAAGAGAGAAUGGAAAGACCGUCAUCAGAGUUCUCAAACAAAAAGAAGUGGAACAGUUGAUCAAAAAACACGAGGAAGAAGAAGCUAAAGCUGAGCGUGAGAAGAAAGAAAAAGAACAGAAAGAAAAGGAUAAAUAGAAGACAAAAUCAGGGAUUUUAUAACUCAUUUGGGGCAUCAUUUCAGUGUAAAGGCUGUCCUACUCUUCCACUUUGAGAAAGCUUUGACUUUAACUUGUCUAGUGGGAAAAUAGGAUGGUACCAACUGAAUUGGGUCCUUGUUAUUUCUGUCCAGGUGAAUAUUGUAAUAAUGAUUACUCUUUAUGGACAUCUUAAUCACCCUCUCCCUCUUUUUUUUUUGAAUAAAAUUUGGAAAGAAUGGAAAUGGUGAAGGGAAAAAUUCUCUAGCAAUAACUGUUGAAGAUACCAGGAUUAAUAGGGCUGUGGUUUUUCAUGCUUUGUAUGUAGUGUGGCCACCUUUGCAGUAACCUUUAAAAAAUGGACAGAAAUGUAAACAGCAUAAAUGGAGAAAGACGGGAACUGUGCAGUGGAGAUUUCCUAUUUUGUUCCCCUACCAACUUGGAGAACCUGUAGCCCAAUCUGAGUAAAACAGAGAGCUGUCCUUCUAGGCCUCAUCUGAUAUUACCCUAUCAGAGGCUUGUCCAGUGAAAUAAGUCACAUUCCUCUUUUAGGUUUGCCAACCUUUGAUACUGAUGAAUAUUCUUACUGGACUUAAAAAUUGUGUGUGUGUGUGUGUAUACACAUAUAUACCUGCAAA